AUGCCCACCCCAGACAACUGGGCCCUGUGCUUAAGCACACCUAAGCACAAUGGCAACUCCAACACUGGCAAUGGAACAUGGUCAAGAGGUAGUAUCCCAUCUUUUCAUGCUUCCUUGCUAGGAAGAGAGUCUGCAAGACCAGAUCAGGUGACUUUUGAAGAUGUGUCUGUGGGUUUCACAAAGGAGGAAUGGGCCCUCUUGGAUCCUGGCCAAAGAGCCUUGCACCAGAAAGUCAUGGAGGAGAAUUUAGGAAUCAUUUCCUCUCUGGAAACGACACCAUUUAAAUGUUUGGAAAAUAGAAAGACUUUCAGUUGGAAGGAAAAGCUCCCCUGCCGUCAAGCAAUUCACCCAGGAGAGACACCUUUUGAAUACUUGUCUGGAGGGAGCUUCCUUCAGAAGAAAAACCUUAGUAAUGAAAAUCUUAUUCCUCAUCAGGAAGCUCAUGCACGAGAAAGACCAUUUCAGUGCUUGGAGUGUGGAAAGAGUUUUACUCAGAAGAUAGGUCUCACCUAUCAUCAAGCUAUUCAUACAGGGGAAAAGCCAUUUAAAUGCUUGGAGUGUGGAAAGAGUUUCACUCAGAAGACAGUUCUUGUCUGUCACCAGGCAACUCACACAGGAGAAAGACCUUUCCAGUGCUUAGAGUGUGGAAAGAGCUUCAGUCAGAAGACAAACCUUGUUCGUCAUCAGGCAGCUCACACAGGAGAGAAACCAUUUCAGUGCUCGGAGUGUGCAAAGAGCUUCACUCGAAAAGAAUACCUCGUUCUUCAUCAGGCAGUUCAUACAGGGGAGAAGCCAUUUCUAUGCUUGGAGUGUGGAAAGAGCUUUAGUGAGAAGAGAAACCUUUACACGCAUCAAAGAUGUCACACUGGGGAGAAACCAUUUCAGUGCUCAGAGUGUGGAAAGAGCUUCAGGCAGAAGGCAGUCCUUGUUUGUCAUCAGGCAACUCACACAGGAGAGAAACCAUUUGAAUGCUCAGACUGUGGAAAAAGCUUCAGUCAGAAGACGAACCUUGUUCGUCAUCAGGCAGCUCACACAGGAGAGAAACCAUUCAAAUGCUCAGAGUGUGGAAAAAGCUUCAGUCGUAAGACAAUCCUGACUUUUCAUCAGUCAACUCACACAGGGGAGCAACCAUUUAAAUGCUUGGAGUGUGGGAAGAGCUUUAGACAAAAGAGGAACCUCACUAAUCAUCAAAACUGUCAUACUGGGGAGAAGCCAUUUAAAUGCUUGGAAUGUGGCAAGGCUUUUAGUUGGAAGAAAAGUUUAAUUCAUCAUCAAGUAACUCACGCAGGGGAGAAGCCAUUUAAAUGCUUGGAGUGUGGAAAGAGUUUUAACUGGGAGAAAAGCCUAGAUUUUCAUCAGGCAACUCACAUGGGUAGAAAAACAUUUAAAUGCCUGGAAUGUGGGAAAUGUUUCUCUCUUAAGAGCAGCCUCACUCGUCAUCAGGUAACUCACACAGGAGAGCAACCAUUUAAAUGUUUGGAGUGUGGAAAGUGCUUCAUUUGGAAGAAUAGCUUAAUUUAUCAUCAAGUAACUCAUUCAGGGGAGAAGCCAUUUAAAUGCUUGGAGUGUGGGAAGAAAUUCAGUUUGGAGAAAAGCCUCAUUUCCCAUCAGGCAAUCCACACAGGUGUAAAAGCAUUUAAAUGCCUGGAGUGUGGGAAAUGUUUCUAUCUUAAGAGCAGCCUCACUCGCCAUCAGGUUAUUCACACAUGAGAGAAACUGUUAAAUUGUUUACAGUGUGGAAAAAGCUCAGUUUUGCAAAAUAGCUCAAUUUAUCUAUUUAUUUACACCAUUUCUGCCCCGCCCUUCUCACCCCCGAGGGGGGACUCAGGGCGGCUGACACAGGCAGCAAUUUGAUGCCACAAUAUCAAUAAUAACAAUGUAAAAUCAAAAUACAUAGCAGAUUAAAAACAGUAACAUUAAUUAUAAUCACAUAAACACAUAGUCACAUAGCUGCUUCCAAUUGUCGUAACAGUCGCCCUGCAAGUCACACACUGGAAUUAUUAGUGUGGGAAUGAAUAAUGUCAAGAGAUCCAUUUCACUUCUCACCAUGCAGUUGAUGCAGGGGAAUAAUUAUUUAAUUCUUCAGAAUUCAAGUCAAGCUAGGGGAUAUUCUCACAUUUUCUGUUAUGAAAUAUCAAAUGAAACAUAACUUACAAUAUGUUGACAGCUAUCCAUUCAUGCAUUCUGGUGAUUGGAAAUAUUUCUGGUGGUAUGGUAGAGGCUCCUUCUUUGGAAGCUUUUAAACAGACUGGAUGGCCAUCUGUCGGGAGUGCUUUGAAUGUGAUUUUCCGGCUUCUUGGCAGAAUGGGGCUGGACUGAAUGGCCCAUGAGGUCUCUUCCAACUUUAUGAGUCUAUGAUUCUAUCAUGUAUAUUCAGGGUAAGAAAUACAUGCUUUUUUCAAAACAUGUUUAGAACUCAGAGGUGUUUUUAUGCUAUAUUAAAGGAAUAUUUUUGCACUG